AUGAAGUUCUCUCAGUUUAAUUACCACUCAAGCUUUCCCCUACUUUUCGCCAUUUUCUUGGCGUUUUCAUGGUUGAUGAGAGCCGAAGCUCAGACACACGAACAGUUCCUCCAUUGCCUUUCACAUCAUUCAAACGAUUCAUCCUCCAUUUCCAAGCUCGUUUACUCUCGAAACAAUUGUUCUUAUUCAUCGAUUUUAGAAUCUUCGAUUCAAAAUCUCAGGUUCGACACGGCGGCCACCCCAAAGCCGUUACUCAUCGUUACACCUUUCCAUGCAUCCCAUAUCCAAGCAACGAUUUACUGUUCGAAAAGCCAUGGGUUGCAGAUAAGAACUCGAAGUGGCGGCCAUGAUUACGAGGGUCUUUCGUAUGUUUCUGAAGUUCCGUUUGUUCUCAUCGAUUUGGUUAAUCUCCGAUCAAUCGAUAUCGAUGUUGAAAACGGCGUUGCAUGGGUCCAAUCCGGGGCGACAUUAGGUGAACUGUAUUACAGGAUCAGUGAGAAAACUAGAACGCUUGCUUUUCCAGCGGGUACUUGCCCUACCAUUGGUGUCGGUGGUCAUUUGAGCGGCGGAGGGUACGGCUUACUUUUCAGAAAAUACGGUCUCGCCGCCGAUAAUGUCAUCGAUGCUCACGUGAUCAAUGCUGACGGAAGAAUUCUCGAUCGAAAAUCCAUGGGAGAAGAUUUAUUCUGGGCGAUCCGAGGCGGAAGCGGAGGUAGCUUCGGGAUUGUUCUCGAUUGGAAACUAAAGCUGGUUCCGGUUCCGCCAACCGUGACUAUCUUCUCCGUCACCAAAACCAUAGAACAAAACGCAACUCAACUCAUCCAUCGAUGGCAAUAUAUCGCGCACAAGCUUCCAAAAGAUAUAAUCCUUAUCGUCUUUAUAUCAAAGGUAAAUGAAACAGUUGAAACUUCUUUUACCGGGAUGUUUCUCGGUCCGGUCAACAAACUGAUUUGGCUUACCGGAACAAGAUUCCCCGAGCUCGGACUCACUAAACAAGAUUGUAUCGAAACGAGUUGGAUUCAAGGUCUCUACACGGGUCAAUUUCCAAACAACAAUCUGGAAAAUCUGCUCAACAGGACAGCAGCCAACAAAAGUUGGUUUAAAAUAAAAUCAGAUUACGUGAAAGAACCCAUACCAGAGUCUGUUUUUGAAGAGAUUUGGCCAAAGUACUUCAACGAAGAAGGAGGAAGAUACGGUUCAAUUUAUUUGAUACCUUAUGGUGGGAAAAUGGAUGAGAUUCCAGGGACAGCAACUCCAUUUUCACACAGAGCUGGUAACAUGUACAAAAUCAUAUACACUGUUGGUGGACAAGAAGAUGGUUUUCAAAGCUACUUAAACUGGAUAAGGAGAUUUUACGAUGACAUGACUCCCUAUGUUUCGAAAUCUCCGAGAGAAGCAUAUGUGAAUUACAGGGAUUUGGAUAUUGGGGUUAACAACAGAUCGGGGAACACGAGUUAUGCGGAAGCUAGCAUUUGGGGAUUAAAAUAUUUUAAGAAUAAUUUUAGAAGGUUGGUGAGUGUGAAGACAUUGGUGGACCCUCAGAACUUCUUCAAGCACGAACAAAGCAUUCCAUCUCUUUCACCUUCGUAGAAGGAGAAGAAUGUCAAAGUUUAAUAUUGAAUCUUAAGA